CAUCCCGCCCCUGGUUCGCGAUGGGUGAAAGGUGCCCCAAAUCGUACCACCCAGCCCCCGCCCCGAUCUCGCAAGAUCGUGAUGGGAGAAAGGUGCCCCGAGUUGUUCCUGACAGGCUACUCAGCCUAAAAGGCUCUAAAAGGAAGAAAAGGGGGGCGCCACGUCGAGUCUCGCUGAAGGCACAAAGUAAGCCACAACCGCCACUGCUCGCAGAUUAAAUAAAGGAACAGGUCAACAGAGGCAACUUACAGAUACAGAGAGAGUGUGAAACCUAUGAAAAUAUGAAAACAGAAUACGGAGCUUACAGUUGCUGGAGCUCAGUUGUUGUCAGCAUCUACUACUGUACAUGACACAUCCUAAUACUGUACUUUCAAAACACGCCCUGUGACGUCACCGCGCUAUCGUACAUGCGUGAACUUAAAUCAUCAGCAAGUGGAAAUUCUCAUCAUAGUGCGCGUUUGCUUUGAGUCAGGACCACUGCACUGAAAACACAAAAGACAUGCUGUUAGCUGUCCAGGGACUGUGUUUUAUCUUGCUCGUGGUGGGUCUAGAGCCCUACACUGAAGGUGCUGACAUUGGCUGUGAUGUCUGGACUCUGUCUGAUCAAGAUGUCUGCUGCAAUAAAUGCAAGCCAGGGAACCGCUUGGUGGAUAGGUGUGGAAGAGACCCACAAUUGCUCUGUACCCCCUGUGAACCUGAAAGCUACACAACCAAUCUUAAAAGCUACUUCUGUCGUAAAUGCACCCAGUGCAUAGGUCCACAGUUUACGCUUAAACCUUGUAACAGCAGCAGUGACACUGUGUGUGGAUGUAAGAAGGGAUAUCGCUGUGGAAACAAAGAAUGUUCUUUCUGUGUUACGGAAUGUGGGGAGGGAGAGGAGCCCACCGAUCAGCGAUCAUGCAGAAAAUGUUUACAAGGAACAUUCAAUGACAAAAUCCACAGUAUGUGUAAAAAAUGGAGAGAAAGUUGUCCAGAGGCACAAAUUUUGGUGCCCAAAGGAAAUGCAUUUAAGGACCAUGAGUGCAGAUCUUUGGAUGUAGAAUCUAUGAAAGACCCCUUAAAUGUGGUUAAAAAAGAUGAGACAAAGUUUGCAACCAGUCCAGUUUGGAUUACUGGAGGUAUGGCAGGAUUGGGAGUCCUUUGUAUCAUAGCAUCGGUGGUUGCAUGUGUACAGUCACAAAACAAAACAAAGAACCUGAAAACUGAUAUGCCUGAAGAGGUCUCAGAGGUUUCCAGGAAUAUGAUAGUGGAGCAAGAGGCUUGUAGUUUCCACCACCCUGAGCAGGAACAGGGAGGAAGCUCAGAGUCCAUCAGUACUCAAGAUUCGGAGAGUAAACUCAUAGUGUGAUUUCACUGGACCGCUCCUGUUUUUCCUUAACUUGUUCUUGCAAUGGAAAUUCUACAAUAACAAGACUGCCAGAGUGAAAGUCUGCUACACUGUGAAAAACACCUUUGACUGGAUACUGAUCGACUGCAUUUUCCAGAUGGUGUAUUGGUUGAUUAAUGGGACCAAAGGCCACAUACCAAGUAAAGGUAUUGUGAAUCCUUCCUAUGUGCACAAUGGGUAGUAACUGGCAUGUUACUGUUGACUUGUUUUAUCACUGUUCAAUUUUUAGUAGUUUAAGUAUAGUGCCCCUCCAAAAGCACAAGGAUGAAAGGUUGUAAUGUAGGUGUGCUGCAGCAGACAAUGUCAACACUUUUGCUAGAGUAGGCGUAAUCUACUGGCGCUUGCGUCACAUUUUUACAUCAAAUACCAUCUUGAAAUACCCUGGUGGGCUUCCCCAGUUCAGGGGUUUUUGUUCAAAACAGCACUAUUUUCUUUUUUUUUUAAUUAAUGGGGUCAAGUGGAGGAAGCACUGAUACAGAUUAACAUCUAAUAACCUCUUAAACUGCACUUGCAUUUGUCCUGUUUUUUUUUUAUUGAAUAAUAGUGUGUGUUUGUCUAGUUCUUACAGUGCAUCCGGAAAGUAUUCACAGUGCUUCACUUUUUCCACAUUUUGUUAUGUUACAGCCUUAUUCCAAAAUGGAUUAAAUUCAUUAUUUUCCUCAAAAUUCUACAAACAAUACCCCAUAAUGACAUCGUGAAAGAAGUUUGUUUGAAAUCUUUGCAAAUUUAUUAAAAUAAAAAAUGAAAAAAAAAAAAAAAAAAAAUCAAAUGCACUUAAGUAUUCACAGCCUUUGCCAUGACACUCAAAAUUGAGCUCAGGUGCAUCCUGUUUCCACUGAUCAUCCUUGAGAUGUUUCUACAACUUGAUUGGAGUCCACCUGUGGUAAAUUCAGUUGAUUGGACAUGAUUUGGAAAGGCACACACCUGUCUAUAUAAGGUCCCACAAUUAACAGUGCAUGUCAGAACACAAACCAAGCCAUGAAGUCCAAGGAAUUGUCUGUAGACCGCAGACACAGGAUUGUAUCGAGGCACAGAUCUGGGGAAGGGUACAGAAAAAUUUCUGCAGCAUUGAAGGUCCCAAUGAGCACAGUGACCUCCAUCAUCCAAAAAUGGAAUAAGUUUGGAACCACCAGGACUCUUCCUAGAGCUGGCCACCUGGCCAAACUGAGCAAUCGGGGAAGAAGGGCCUUAGUCAGGGAGGUGACCAAGAAGCAGACAUCUUGAUCAGACAGAGUCCAGACAUCACAGCCAAUGUCAGCACCUUCACUGUAGGGCACUAGACCCACCACGAGCAAGAUAAAACACAGUCCCUGGACAGCUAACAGCAUGUCUUCUAAUACAAAAAAUAAAACAAUUGACAAACUACAGAAAUAAGUUAAUAUAAAUUAAUACCUGUAUGUUUAAUUAUUAUUAAUAACAAUAAUUAAAUAAUAUAUUAAUUCAAAGAAAUACUUAGUCAGUAAACAUUGCAUCUAAUACUAAUAUUUAAACGCAAAUACAAUACACAAAGUCAAUACAUUACAAGGACUGAAAUGGGAUUAAUAUCAGUGAAUUAAGCACAAAUAAACAAUAAUCACUUACUUGUGUUUUCAGUGCAGUGGUCCUGACUCAAAGCAAACGCGCACUAUGAUGAGAAUUUCCAUUUGCUGAUGAUUUAAGUUCACGCAUGUACGAUAGCGCGGAGUCCACCUGUGGUAAAUUCAGUUGAUUGGACAUGAUUUGGAAAGGCACACACCUGUCUAUAUAAGGUCCCACAGUUAACAGUGCAUGUCAGAACACAAACCAAGCCAUGAAGUCCAAGGAAUUGUCUGUAGACCGCCGAGAUAGGAUUGUAUCGAGGCACAGAUCUGGGGAAGGGUACAGAAAAAUUUCUGCAGCAUUGAAGGUCCCAAUGAGCACAGUGACCUCCAUCAUCCAUAAAUGGAAUAAGUUUGGAACCACCAGGACUCUUCCUAGAGCUGGCCACCUGGCCAAACUGAGCAAUCGGGGGAGAAGGGCCUUAGUCAGGGAGGUGACCAAGAACCCGAUGGUCACUCUGACAGAGCUCCAGCAUUUCUCUGUGGAGAGAAGAAAACCUUCCAGAAGAACAACCAUCUUUGCAGCACUCCACCAAUCAGGCCUGUAUGGUAGAGUGGCCAGACGGAAGCCACUCCUCAGCAAAAGGCACAUGACAGCCCACCUGGAGUUUGCCAAAAGGCACCUGAAGGACUCUCAGACCAUGAGAAACAAAGAUCGAACUCUUUGGCCUGAAUGGCAAGCGUCAUGUCUGGAGGAAACCAGGCACCACUCAUCACCUUGCCAAUACCAUCCCUACAGCGAAACAUGGUGGUGGCAGCAUCAUGUUGUGGGGAUGUUUUUCAUCGGCAGGAACUGGGAGACUAGUCAGGAUCGAGAGAAAGAUGAAUGCAGCAAUGUACAGAGACAUCCUUGAUGAAAACCUGCUCCAGAGCGCUCUGGACCUCAGACUGGGGCGAAGGUUUAUCUUCCAACAGGACAACAACCUUAAGCACACAGCCAAGAUAACAAAGGAGUGGCUCCGGGACAACUCUGUGAAUGUCCUCGAGUGGCCCAGCCAGAGCCCAGACUUGAACCCGAUUGAACAUCUCUGGAGAGAUCUGAAAAUGGCUGUGCACCGACGCUCCCCAUCCAACCUGAUGGAGCUUGAGAGGUCCUGCAAAGAAUAAUGGGAGAAACUGCCCAAAAAUAGGUGUGCCAAGCUUGUAGCAUCAUACUCAAAAAGACUUGAGGCUGUAAUUGGUGCCAAAGGUGCUUCAACAAAGUAUUGAGCAAAGGCUGUGAAUACUUAUGUACAAGUGAUUUUUUUUUUUUCGUUUUUUAUUUUUAAUAAAUUUGCAAAGAUUUCAAAUAAACUUCUUUCACGUUGUCAUUAUGGGGUAUUGUUUGUAGAAUUUUGAGGAAAAUAAUGAAUUUAAUCCAUUUUGGAAUAAGGCUGUAACAUAACAAAAUGUGGAAAAAGUGAAGCGCUGUGAAUACUUUCCGGAUGCACUGUAUAAUAGGUUUGGGAAUCAGCAGAAAGAUUAGAUUGGUAAAUUUGUUUCACAGAGUUGGACCAUGUUCUUGUCAUGAAGGAAGUAUACAUAAAUGGCAGUAUUUGCUUGCCAACUGAAACCUGAUUUAACCUCACAAAGAGUGCAACUUAGUGCAUUCUACUAUAACUGUAUGUACAUAAAUAUAUGGAAUGUAAAGACUACACCAUGUAGUUUAGGUUGUACAGAUUUUUUACCCCUUUUGCAGUAAACAAAAACAUUCAGUUUGCCAGAGGCCAUAGAAUCCAUGUGUUAGCGAGUUUCCUGUAAGUACAGUAAAUUCCUAAAUUACAGAGAAACCUGUCAGUGAGCUGUGCUAGGUCAUUAAACCAGUUAUUGGGGACAAACUCGACAUUGGAAAAAACUGUAAAUGUAAGAUUUCCUGCAAGUAGAUUCUUAGAUAAUUGGGGAAAUGUAUCGUAGAACAGAGGUCACUGAACCAGUUAUAUGGACUAAUUCCUAUCUGGAUGAUAAGGUGAAUCUAGUUCAAGGAUAUCCUUAUGCUGACUGGUGACUCAGUGGGAGUUCCCUGAUGGCCAGAUUUGAGAAAUUACCACCUGUGUUGUGAUUUAACUUCACUUAAAAGGAAUGACAAUGAAUCAUCUUGAAUUCCGGGUAUCAGUUCCUCUCAUGUAUUGACUCUUGCAGGCAAACACAUGCAUGCACUGACUUGUCAAAAAUUUGUUUACAUUAAUUGGCUCCAGAGAAAAUGUCGAGUCAUGAAGAACAGUUGGUGGGUGAGCGAUGUGAUAAUGGCAUUCCAGGAUUCAACAGUGAAACAAAGUCACCCUGUUUAAUGUGAAUGUGUUAUUUUAUGUGAUUUUACUGUGUCACUAUUUUUUAUGUCUCCUUUGUAAUAUAAUAACUUUUGUAACAAUUCACACUGUGAACCUAUAUUCUCACUUUCAUUUCAUGGGAAAGAAGUAGUUCCACUGAAACUCAUUUAUAUUAAAGGUUCUUACCACAGUUUGCAUGAUAAAUUUGACAAUAGGGAAAGUCUUAAACUCUCAUCUUCAGUCUCAAUUUAAGUCUGAAAAUCCAAGAUACACACUACUGCUGCUGUAAAUGUAAAAAAUAUUUAUUGGUAGUGAUUAUACACAUCAAGAUAGAUAUGCAUAUUAUAUAUAUAUAUAAUUUGUGUCUUCUGUACAAAUCAGUUUGUGAAACUUAUAAAUUAAUGAAGGCACAUUGACUCUUAACACAUUAUUUACAUUGUGUUGCCAUAACAGUACUGGAUACCAUGGACACUCAGUGUCUACAUAAAAAUGUGAUAGUUUUCUUUCCUCCAGCCUUUCAUAACUGCUACUGUAUAUAAUAUACAUAUAAUAUAUACUGGAUGUCUCAAGCCUGAACUCUCUCUCUCCCUCUGAGAAACCACUAAAUAUUAAGAACAUUAAACUGUUUUUCUUUCC